AAAUGAACCAGGAAGUUUACAAUUUCUGUAACUGUGUGCAAGAUGGAAAGCUUACCUGCCGUUCUUUAAAAGGAGUGUAGAGCACCAUGGGUAACACAGAGAGUGUGGUGGUGCAGAAGCGGCUGACCCGCUUCCGCCCCGAGGAGCGGCCUGUGAUUGAGGGGGUCUUCGACAGGCUUCAGGGCGGUGCUGGUGGCCCUUCAGGGGCCCCAGGGAAAACACCAGCAGGGAAGACACUAACGCUCGAGAUGCUGCAGUCUUCGAUGGGCAGCCUGGCGCCAGACUCCAUGGUGAGGAGGAUCUACCAGUGCAUGUGUCGUAUUGACCCUGGAAUGGCAGCACCCGCAGCUUCUGGGAAGACCAGCACCCCCACUGCUUCUGGAGUAGGUCGAGAGCAGUUGGUCAUUUUCCUAGCAGACACCAUGCGGGGCACCGCAGAAGAACGGGCUCCUCUCGUCUUGGCCAUGUCUCAGCAUGGAGCAGGGGCAGCAGCGGUUGUCACAUGUGAGCAGGUAGCAGAGUUCCUCCAAGACCUGAUUUCUGCUGUAGUUCAGAUUCUGGUCCACAGAGGGCGCCUGCAGGCCUGGAAGCCAGAGAAAAUGGGUGAUGGCUCCCUGGGUGUCAAACUCCUGGCAGAGCAGAUGUGUUCUGAACUCAAACCAUCAGAUCAGGGAGCUUGUGAUGUUUCCUGUCUGGAGGACUGGAUCUUCAGGGUCUCCCAGGUGUCAUUAUACCUGGAGAUGCUGGUAGCUGAGGGCCUAAAUGUGUCUUUGAGCAGCCGGCUGGCCCCCACCCUGCUGCCCCCCUGCAGGGAGACACCCUGGAAAGAGCUGAGGUGUCUGCUGGACCUUCCUGUCCUCAUGUUUCUGGCGCCACAGUUGCCAGACAGCUACAAUGCCCCCUGGAGACUUGUGUUUUCCACACAGCUGCAUGGAGAGAGCUUCACCAGGGUGGUGACCGGACUGACAAAUUGCGGACCCACCCUGCUGCUCAUCAAAGACACAAAGGGGCAUGUUUUUGGGGGCUUUGCCUCCCAUGCCUGGGAGGUCAAACCUCAGUUCCAGGGUGACUCCAGAUGCUUCCUGUUCACUGUGUUCCCCAGACUGAGAGUUUAUACAGCAACAGGAUACAACCAACACUUCAUGUACCUCAACCACAGUCAGCAGACCAUGCCCAACGGACUGGGUAUGGGCGGUCAGCACGGCUACUUCGGACUUUGGCUGGACAGUGAAUUUGGCCGAGGUCAUAGCCGUGCACGGCCGAAGUGCACCACCUACGGCAGCCCUCAGCUCUCUGGAGAAGAGGACUUCACCCUUGACUCAAUGGAAGUGUGGGCGGUUGGAAAACCUCCAGAACCAGAGGAGGGCGAGGAAGGGCAGGGCAAGAGGAGUGUCCUGCAUAUGGAUCCAGAGGUCCAGGCCAUAAUGGAGAUGACGGGGAAGACUCUGCACAGUCAGGGCUUCAGGGAGCCAGAGGAAGACCAGGAGUAAUGAGGGGCAACUAGACCAAAACAGUCUUAACUUAUAAAGACUUGCAGUCCACCUGGUAUCAAAAAGCAUGAUUUUGUCAUCUGACAUAGCGGACUUAAAGACACUUUCCAGGAUACAAUAGAGUGAUAACAGAUUUCUAUUCCCUGCCUUUUAUUCAGUUUGGACUGUUUUACAACAAAAUGCAACUUCUUCCAAGGGUAGCUUUGGUAUUUUUCAACUUGGAUCCUAUUUUCCCACGUUCUGUCUCAGUAACUAAUGAAAUUGGUCCAAUAUUGACCAAGAGUGGGAAAACAGGCUACGGUGAAAAGUUAAUGGGCAACUGUGGGCACUUAGAAUAAUACUCUGAGCCUGUCAGUGGCAAAAACAAGCACUUUUACUGGCCGUAAAUUGACAAUGCAGAAAUGCCCAAAGUGGUUACAGUGCAGCCUGUUUUGCGGCUGCCAGCUGCUACGCUGUGGCUCAAUACUGGAUCAGUUUCAAAAAUUGUUGUUCCCACAGUCACUUAGACACAAAACAUAGGAAAACGGAGUUGAGAUUGAAAAAUACAGAAGUUACCCUUUAAUUACACAAAGCACAGAAGUCAUUCUACACCAGUCAGCUGUCAAACAUGGUGUUGGCUAUGGAAGACGUCAUCACAACAUAAACCAGGCUAAAAGGGCCUAAUUAGGUUUAAAGGCAGCUUAUAAGUGGUCUGUGAAGUCUAAUCUAACCCCUUCACACACAACAGAAAGCUACCAGUGUGCGGGCAUCAAGCAAGCUUUCAUUAUCAGUGUGAAAGGGACCAAUGUGUCAUUGGUUUGUUAACGCUUAUUUCCACCACACUACACUGGUAUUUGAUAGAGGCAAACUUUUUUCAGUGAGUAUUCAAGUAAUACAUCAGAAAAAUCUAUCAGAGAAAAGGCAGUAGGAGCAGUUUCUUCCUCAGCAGAAGCCUAGCUCAACCAAACGCAAUGCAUCCACAUGAUUUUUACUGAAACGACUGACUGAAGUAUUAGGUUGAGGAAAGAAAGCCCAACGUAACAUUAAGUUACAUUGUUACUGAUUAUGUAUAACAGUGAAAUAAUACAGUGAAUUAUACUGAAGAUCUGGUUUUAAAGGAUCGUUUUUAUUUACUAUUUUAAAAAACCCUUCAGGUUUAGGAGACAAAAAGUGACACAGGCCUAUCGAGAUGGUCCACCCUCUGAGCCAUUACAUGUAUGAGAACAUGUGACCAGUGACCAAUCUGUUUAUUCAGAUACCAGGGGUUCUUAAUAAUUGAUCCCUCCUCAAACUGACUGGAUAAGCUUAAUGAAACAAUAAUGAAUAAAUGAAAUUAAUAAAAGAGACAGAACAAAGGUUACGAUAUUGUAACCUUUGUGCUAUAAGCACAGGCUUUGACCUCUACUGGACUCCUUUGGUAAUACUCCUCCCAUCACAAGCAUGCAUUUGUCGGCCAAUCAGGACGUGCCGACAUGGAUAUGUGUGGACCCCACAGUGUAUAAGGAGACACACCAAGGCUAUCCAUCAUCAUCCGACAGCCUCUUUAGUUAGCAGCAUAUUGACAGUACCCCUAGGUAGAGGGCUCUGCCUGUGCUAAUAGAGCUAGGGUUACAGUAUCGUAACCUUCAUUCUAGCUCACAGAGCUUGUCUUACUGCAUUAAGUUGUUCAUGAUUUUACAACUGAGACUGAGAAACUGCAUCAAAGUCAACAGGUAAUAAACUAUACUGAAGAUGCAGGCCAGUUUAUUAGGGCUUGAAUGUAACAGAAUCUCAUGGUCCAGUGCAGAGAUGAUUCUGUAUGUCACCAUUUAUUGAACAGUUCUGCCAGUUGCUUUUAGCAGCAAGUCUAACUAGGUGCUGCCCAACUGAAAACACUGUAUAACAGCAAUGGCAACAGAUUUAUUGCCUCUUAUAAUAAUUUCAGUCAUUGUAGAAUAUACUGUUUAAAGUUGAUGGAGAUAUUUCUGUGUGUGUGUGUGUGUGUGUGUGUGUGUGUGUGUGUGUGGUAAAUACAUUAUUGCAGUGCUGCUCAUACUAAAGUAAGAUGGGGCCUGGAGGUUGCACCUACUUUCACUUGUGAUUCUCAGUUGAGUGAACUGGGACAUUUUGCUUAGUCAGUGUGUCUUCAUUUCAUCAUGUUGUAAAAAAUGUUGUUAAAUGUUGGCAUCAACAUAAAUGACCAGGUCUCCACUUUGACAUCUCAAUUGUACACAGGCACCUGCCCAGAGACUGAAAGGCAACUCUAUUCAUCCACCUCCUCCUCUUCUCUUCUCCUAUCAUGCAAAUUACAGAGGCAAGUUACACAUGCAAAUCUUUUUUAUACUCUUACAGCAAAUUCACACAGUGGCAUGGUGGUCAUAGCUCAAUAAAGAAGGCUUAUACUUGUCUUUA